AUGACUGAAUCCAAGGAAGAUGACAACGUUGUGAUGUCCCAGAUUGAGAACAGCGACGGAACUUCAAGCUUUGCAGAGAAAAUGGACAAUAUCGCUUCAUCCAAAAAUAAACAAUCCCAGUCUGUUGCUAAUAAACAGAAAGAAGUUCAAGAGGAACUCCAAGAAAAAGGCAUCCAAAACAAAAAAUAUGAUGAUGGUAUUGAGAAGAAGCAAGAGGCAAGUGGAAGCAUAAAUGUCUGCGAAGAAGAAAAACAGAAAUUUUGGGACGAAAUAAAAAAGCAAGUUGAAUGUGGUGAAAACAAAGAAGGUCAUUGGAAGAAGACAAUUCUUUGUCGUGCUUUUCAGUUUAGUCCAGUAGAUCCGAAAAUUGUCAAGUAUUUAGUUGACCAUGGAGCAGACAUCUAUUCCAACAACGAAGUUGGUGAAACAGUUUUCUCGAUAGCGACGAGAAAUGGUUUAUUUGAUCUUGUUAAGUAUUUUGUUCAAAUUGGCCCUGAACAUAAUUUUCAAAACGAUUCCAAAGUUCUUCAGAGUGCAAUACAGUCUCGAUCAUUAGAAAUUGUGAAAUAUUUCGUUGAAGAUUGUGGGGCUGAUAUACAUUGUAAAGAUGAUUCGGGAAAUACUGCCUUACAUCAUGCUGUUUAUGUUGGUUGCACAGAAAUUGUCAAGUACUUAGUUAAACAAUGCGGUGCAGACAUGAAUGCUAGGAAUCCAGACGGGGGGACAAUGCUACAACUUGCUAUUUCUAAAGAAGUUGUAAAUUAUCUUGUUGAGAAGGGCGCUGAUGUAAAUGUCAAGAAUACUGACGGGAAGACAGUGCUGCACUCUGCUGUUUCUGACGGUUCGCUAGAAAUGGUGAAAUAUCUUGUGGGAAAUGGCGCUGAAUUAAAUGUAAAACAGAAUAAUGGAUCGACAGUGUUGCACAGUGCGGGCGCUGAUGUAAAUGCCAAGGAUACUCACCGGGAGACGGUGCUGCACUCUGCUGUUUCUGAGGGUACGCAAAAAAUGGUGAAAUACCUUGUGGGAAAUGGCGCUGAUGUAAAUGGCAAGAAUAUUCUCGGGAUGACAGUGCUGCACUUUGCUGUUUAUAAAGAUUCGCUAGAAAUGGUGAAAUAUCUUGUUGAGAAGGGCGCUAAUGUAAAUGCCAAGGAUACUCACAGGGGGAAAUUGCUGCACUCUGUCUGCUGUUUAUAA